GAUCCUCCCUAGCAUAACUCUCUCAAGGUGCAUUGGAGUGCUUCGACAUUUCCAGAUUCUUGAGAAGCAACUGGUUGUCUGGUUCCCAUCUCAGCACAGCAGCUCUUUCUUUUUUCCACCUCUUUCCUUCAUAAAUUUCUAAUUUCUAUAUUUUCGCUUAGAAAAGAAAUAAUCUCCCGACUCUCAUAUUCACUCCUCAAUUCGUUUCUUGAUUCUUUGGAACUAGCAGCUGUAGAGGUGAAAUGGCUCAGUUACUUUCCCCAGUUUGUGGGGAUACCAUCAAAUUUCACAGCCACGCACACAAAUUUUUACCUAGAAAAAAGCAGCGUUUUUUGAGCAAUAAUAACAGUACCUGUGCGAGCUCCCAUGGUGAACGGCUGAGAGGUUUUGGCAGAAUCAGAGUUGCUUAUCAGGACUCUGCAGCAGCUGCAGCUUCCGCUGAAGAUGUUUCUGAUGAUUACUAUGCUGUUCUGGGCCUGCUUCCAGAUGCUACAACUGAAGAAAUAAAAAAAGCUUAUUAUAAUUGCAUGAAAGCUUGCCAUCCAGACUUGACUGGCAAUGAUGCUGAGACCACAAACUUUUGCAUGUUUGUAAAUGAAGUUUAUGAGGUUCUAAGUGAUCCUGCACAACGGCUAGUGUAUGAUGAGAUUCAUGGGUAUGCUGCCACAGCAAUUAAUCCGUUCUUGGAUGAAUCUUCCCCAAAAGAUCAUGUUUUUGUUGAUGAAUUUAGCUGCAUAGGUUGCAAGAACUGUGCCAAUGUUUGUCCAAAGGUGUUUGGCAUUGAGGAAGAUUUUGGAAGAGCUAGAGCUUACAGUCAGUCUGGAAGUCGUGAAUUAAUUCAACAAGCUAUAGAUAGUUGCCCAGUUGAUUGUAUCCAUUGGACUUCAGCUGCACAACUAUCUUUGCUUGAAGAUGAAAUGAGAAGAGUGGAAAGAGUAAAUGUAGGCUUAAUGCUUGCAGGAAUGGGCUAUGAAUCCAUUGAUGUUUUCAGAAUGGCUCGGAAACGUUGGGAAAAGAGACAAGUCAAAGUCUUGGAACAAGCAAAAUCUAGGAUGAUGAGGCAGAAAGGAUCUGAUAAAACUGAUUCGAACUGGAGCUACAUUUGGGGCAAGCCUAUGAACUACGAAAAUACAGAGGAGGAAGCAAGAGAACGAGCACGCCGAGCUGCUGCAGCUGCACGGAGAUGGAGAGAGUACUCUCGAAGAGGCGUCGACAGACCUCCCGCUUUUAAGCUUUCAGAGGCUGCUUCCAAAGAUGACUGAAGUAUGUAUAUAGUAGUCUCACACUCUUCUAUAAUAUGUACAUACAACAGAUUACUUCAUGUGUUUGCAGGAAAGAAACAAAACUCAGUAUAGUCUCCGGGCUUGUUUGGGAAUAGUGUUAGAGAUUAGCGUUAGCAUUUUGAAAAAGCUAUCUACGGGCAACGUUUGGCGUUAGCGUUUUAAAAGCAGUCUGCAACGUUAAAAUUUUUUUUCAAAACGCUAACGCUAAUCUCUAACGUUAUUCCCAAACAUGCCCUCAAUUCUGUUAAUGUUUGGGGUCAAGAUGCUGCUGACCCAAGCAGUCUUAGCCUGUAAAAUUAAAGUUGUGUGUUUUACAAUGAAAAAGUUUGUUGAUG